UUUGACUAAGGGUAUUUCUGUUGCAACGGUUGCACUAUACACGUUGAAAGCUUUACAGUGAAGUUCCAGGUUAUGGACUGACUGAAAAUGGGCGGUGUUUCUCCUUCUACCUCAGUUCAUAGACAGGUAUCAGAUCACUGAGUGCCACACAAGAUAUUACAGCGACUUUAUGGGGAACAAGAACUAGCGGUAGACCUUCAUCAGUGAACAGAGUGUGUGUGGAGUCUAUGUGAGGUCUGGUCAGGAUGGAAGAAGAGAUGAAUGAAGCUGCAGCUGAACCGGCUGCUACACCAGCAACUGACGCUCCAGAGGUACCACGCCGAGGCCGAGGCAGACCACGCAAACCACAGCAGGACCCUGUUGAACCUCCUGCUCCCAAAAGGCCACGUGGAAGACCCAAAGGGAGUAAGAACAAGACUACUCGGACUACACUCAAAGAGCCACCAAAAGAAAAAAGACCUCGAGGCCGACCAAGAAAAUGGCCUCAAAAACCAGUGCAGCAACAAGAGCAAGAGCUUGAGGAAGAAGAGGACCAGCCACACCUGCCAUCACCACACGACAACUGAGGCUCUGAGGCGCCAUCAUUUGAGCUGUGUGCAAUAGGCUACGUUUAAACAGUUCUAUCCAGCAUUCUCACAAAGGUGUGCUAUCAAUUACUUGACAAAAAGAUACAGAAAUUCACAAAGCACAGAUACAAAAAAAAAAAAAAGAUACAA